UCACACAAACCAACUUGGAAAAUUUAGGACUAACCAUCCUUGGAAUCCCUUACCAUCUCUCUUCCCCGUGAUUGGUUUGCACCCUAAGGCAGAGAGAGCCAACCCUCUGCCUUAGACAAUUUCUCACAAAAAUGGCAUUCCAAGAUUUCGACGUCAUCUCAGAAAGAAGAAGGAAUGAGCAGAGGCAAAAGCUGAAGAAAAGGAUCAUUAUUGGUGUUGUCUCCACCAUUCUCCUUGUUGGUAUCAUUGGUGCUGCAUUCUUUGUUGCCACCACAGAAUAUGGCUUUGGAGGUAACAAUGCUAAAGAGGGUCAUGACCAAGAUUCAUCCACAAGCAGCAGACAACAUGUUCAACAUUCAGAGAAGAUGGUGAAACUUGUUUGCAGCAAUGCAAGUUACAAGGACAAAUGUGAAGGCCCUCUCAACAAGGCAGUGAAGGAUGAUCCAAAACUUUCAAAUCCCAAAGACCUUCUUAAAACUUAUGUGAAAUAUGCAGAGGAAGAGGUGAACAAGGCUUUUAACAAAACCAACUCCUUCAAGUUCGAAUCUGAAGAAGAGAAAGGAGCAUUUGAGGAUUGCAAGCAGCUGAUUCGCGACGCGAAAGACGACUUAGCAACCUCCAUCUCAGAAUUGGGCAAGAUUGAACUCUCCAAGCUCUCUUCAAGAUCUCCUGACUUGAACAGUUGGCUCAGUGCUGUCAUCUCUUUCCAGCAAACCUGUGUCGAUGGUUUCCCCGAGGGAAAGCUGAAGAAUGACAUCCAGGGUCUCUUCAAUGGUACCAAUGAGUUCAUUAGCAACUCCCUCGCCAUCGUUUCGCAGGUGUCCACGGUGCUUUCUACAUUCCAAACACUUGCAAGCGGUCGUUUGUUGCUGUCUGAGAAUUCCAAUUCCCCUGCUGCUUCUUUGGACAGUGAUGGAUUUCCUUCUUGGGUUCAUGUUGAUGACAGAAGGUUGUUGAAGGCUGCAGACAACAGGCCUAAACCUAAUGUCACCGUGGCGAAAGAUGGCAGUGGAGAUUUCAAAACCAUUUCUGAAGCUUUGAACAAAAUCCCUGCAACUUAUAAAGGAAGGUAUGUGGUUUAUGUUAAAGAAGGAGUGUACGAUGAGCAAGUGACAGUGACCAAGAAAAUGCAAAAUGUUACCAUGUAUGGAGAUGGAUCCCAAAAGAGUAUCAUCACUGGCAGCAAAAACUUCAGGGAUGGAGUCAGAACUUUCCAAACUGCAAGUUUUGUGGUGCUUGGAGAUGGAUUCUUGGGCCUAGCAAUGGGAUUCAGAAACACUGCAGGCCCUGAAGGGCACCAAGCAGUGGCUGCAAGAGUACAAGCAGAUCGCUCAGUUUUCGCCAAUUGCCGCUUUGAGGGAUACCAAGACACCCUCUACACACAAACCCACAGACAGUUCUACAGAAGCUGCAUAGUUGCAGGCACAAUAGACUUCAUCUUUGGUGAUGCAGCUGUGGUGUUCCAAAACUGCAUCAUGGUUGUGAGAAAACCAAUGGACAACCAGCAAAACAUGGUCACAGCUCAAGGGAGAAUGGACAAGCACCAACCCACUGGAAUUGUUCUUCAAAAAUGUACAAUCAAAGCUGAUCCCAGUUUGAUUCCUGUGAAGGACAAGAUCAGAAGCUACCUUGGGAGGCCAUGGAAGGAGUUCUCAAGAACUAUUGUUAUGGAAUCUGAAAUUGGUGAUUUCAUUCAUCCUGAUGGGUGGACACCUUGGAUGGGGAACUUUGCACUCAACACAUUGUAUUAUGCUGAGUUCAACAACAAUGGACCUGGUGCAAGCACCAACGCUAGGGUCAAGUGGCCUGGCUACAAGGUUAUUAACAGAGAUGAAGCUAGCAAGUUCACUGUGGGAACUUUCUUGAGAGGCUCUUGGGUUCAGGGCUCUGGUGUGCCUGCUGUGCAGGGCUUCUACAAAUAAACACUGAGUCUGUUCUGAUGCGGACUUAUUAGAGCUUAUCAGAGCUUAUCUGCUAGAGAAUGAACUAAAUAAGUAUCAUUAAAUGUUCUUUAGUUUGCGUCCAAACGGGUACAUUGGCUUCAAAUGCAUGCACCAUUCAAUCCAUGCUACUUAGUUGAAUGCUAUUGAGCCAAUGACAUGUGACUUAAUGGUUUUGAUGAAUUUUAAUAUUUUUUUCUACUUUUUGUUUCUUUUUAACCAUAAAAAAUUUGAAAAUGUUUAAUCUUGAGUUGUA